GUAGCGUGACAUUUGCAUUUGGCGACUUCAACUAUUUUUUAUAUUCAGACAUUCAGAUUGAAUUAAAAUUUUGUUUUGAAAGCAGUAUAAAAUGGCAAAUCCAAAUAAUAGCGGACCCCUAGGAUCGGGAAAUACAGAAGAUGAUGAGCUGACCCUUCCCAGAGCUAGUAUUAACAAAAUGAUAAAAGAAUUAGUGCCCUCAGUUAGGAUAGCAAAUGAAGCAAGAGAAUUAAUUUUAAAUUGUUGCACAGAAUUUAUCCAUUUAUUGAGCUCAGAAGCAAAUGAAAUUUGCAAUCAGCUGCACAAAAAAACGAUAAAUGCAGAGCAUGUUUUAAUGGCUCUGAACAGGCUUGGGUUUUGUGAUUACACUGCGGAAGCUGAAGCCGUCCUCAAAGAUUGUAAGGCAGUAGCAGCAAAACGCAGACGACAAAGUACGAGGCUGGAAAAUCUAGGUAUUCCAGAAGAAGAAUUGUUAAGGCAGCAACAGGAAUUGUUUGCCAAAGCUAGACAGGAACAAGCACAAGCCGACCAACAGCAGUGGGAACAACUACAAGCCGCAGCCGCAAGACAAGCCCAACAGCAGCAACAACAACAAGGAGAAGAUGAUCUAGAUGAUUAUUGUUAGGUGUUGACGAUAGUGGAGUACAAGAAGGCACUGUAGAUAGUUGAUAUGUUCUUUAUUUUAAAAUUUUUAUACAUUUUUCAUUUACAAAAAUUUUUUAAUACAUGCAUAUUAGGACAUACACAAUGUGUCUUUUCUGCUUUCAAUUGUCUUUUAUAUAAAAGAAACAGUUUUGUAAUUAGUCCAGAGAAAUAAAAUUUUUCUCGUGACACAUCCCCCUCUAGGCCAAAACCAAAUUUUUUGAGUAGUAUGGACAUCUAUAUUAAUAACCUUUACGUUUCCUGCAGCCGAUUUUGAUGAUAUCCAUAGUUAUAAACACAUGAAGAUCAAAAAACGGUAAAUUUUCGCUUUUUUUCGUCUAUAACCAAAAAGUUAAGCAUUUUAAACAAAUUUGAGAGUAAGGAAAUCAUAAAUCGUCUAAAAAAUUUCAAUAUGACGUUCGCUGAAUAUGUCUAUUCUUAUUGGUUGCUUAGAAAAUUGCAAAAUCAAUCAUAAAUUUUGAGUUUUUAUAAAUAUUCAUAACUUAUGUAAAAAUUAACUUAGAACCUUCUUAUUACACGAAUUGCUGAGACUUCUGGUGCUUAAAUUAUAUUUUAAAUUUCGAAGCAAUUGGUCAAAUAGUUUAAAAGUUAUUUAGUUUGUUUAUCCCAAAUUCAUUUUUUUUACAACACUGUAAGUCAGAAAAUUAUGAGGUUACAGUAAGACUUCUGACAGUUUAUGGAAGAACAUUUAUACUAUUGACUUAAUUUAAAAAAAAUGACAAAAAGUAAUUUUAAACAGUGUAAAAUUAUUUUGCAAAAACACGUCGAUUUUUUGCUUACUUAUAAACAAUUAGAAUAUCUUUUUAACCGUUAGCCGUAGAAAAAUUAUUUUUUCAUAUUCAGUCAGAAAGACUGAAUUUUUAUACACAUUUAGAAAGAAAAACAAUUGUCCUAGGACAAUUAGGGACGAAGUUAGCCUUCCCUUUUUUUAAUUCACAUGUUUUUGCAAAAUAAUUUUGCAGUUUUUAGAAUAAUUUUUUGUCAUCUUUUUUUAAUUAAAUUAAUAGUAUAGUAUAAAUCUUCUUAUUUCAUAAACUAUCCAAAGUAUUACUGUAACUUGAUCAUUUUCUGACUUAUAGCGUUGCAAAACAAAUUAAUUUGGGAUAAACAAAUUAAAUACCUUUUAAACUAUUUGACCAAUUGCUUUGAAAUUUAGGGUAUGAUUUAAGCACCAGAAGUCUCAGCAUUCCGUGUAAUAAGAACGUCUUAAGUUAAUUUUUACAUAAGUUAUGAAUAUUUAUAAAAACUCAAAAUUUAUGAUUUACAGUGGAACCCCGAUAAGUCGGCCCCCGAUAACCCGGAAGUCCGGCUAACCCGGACCGAUUUUCAUCAGACAAACAUUUCAACAAUUCAAAAUAAAAAUGUAAUAUAAUAUUUGAGAGUUAAUGUGUAUCUAUUUGUGUAAUUUGAGCUAUACGAUAUAAAAAUGACUCAUGGCACACUGCGGUAGGUUCAUUGUCUUGAAUUGUCGGAAACAACAGGCACCUGUUGUAAUAUUCCUUUAUUUAUUUCAAUCAAACUGUCUUAGCAUUGUUUAAAAAGACUAAAAGACUAUUUAAAAAAUUAUUUUUUAAUCAAUGGUCUUAGUUCUUCACUGUUCUUAAAUAACAUAACAUCGUUCCGAUUGUAACUGUAUUGUGUGUAGUACAGUCUUGUGUUGUUCACUUCCGCUUGCUUAGGUUUGUGUUUACGUGUUUUUAGUAAUUUAGAUGUGUACUGUGCAUAUAUAUUUCAUGUUAUUUCAAUUAUAACGGAGUUUAUCUGUAAGUAUACCGUAUUUUAUUAAUUUUUACCAUAUUCUCCGGCUAACCCGGAUUUUCGAUAACCCGGAUCGGCCGCGGUCCCGAUUAAUCCGAAUUAUCGAGGUUCCACUGUAUUUUGCAAUUUUCUAAGCAACCAAUAAGGACAGACAUAUUCAGCGAACGCCAUAUUGAAGUUUUUUUAUACGAUUUAUGAGUUUCUCACUCUCAAAUUUGUUUAAAAUACUUAACUUUUUGGUUAUAGACGAAAAAAGCGAAAAUUUACCGUUUUUUGAUCUUCAUUUGUUUAUAACUAUGUAUAUCAUCAACAUCGGCUACAUGAAACAUAUAGGUUAUUAUUAUAGAUGCCCAUACUACUCAAAAAAUUUGGUUUCGUCCUGGAGGGGGUUGUGUCACCAACAGGAUAUUUUUUUUCCUUAUUUGUCUGAACUAAAUUAAAAUGUGAAAUUUUUAAAUGAAGAGAUGGUCCUUUACAUUAUAUAACACGAAUUACAAACAUAAACUUAUUCACAAAAUAAUUUUGUUAGUGUCAAAAAGUCUAUGAUACUAAAUAAAUUAAAAUAAAUAAUAGAAUUUUCUUAUUCUGAGAGGAAACGCAAAUAAAAAUAUAUAAUUUUUAAGUUGUAUUUCAAAAACAGCAUUAAACAUUACUGAAUAAAAGAUUAUUAACUCA